CCCUGCUGUAGAUAAAAGGUGGCCAUCUGCAGAGUGUUUCUUGUUUAAACUAAGUUUGCAUCGGUCAAGGUGUGUUUCAGAGACUUUCUGAGUGUAAGCUUGAGGAUCCUUGAGAUUAUCUCCUACGGCUAUUCAAAGGAAAGGCCAUGGCCAUGGCUGCUUUCCUAGCUUUGGUGCAUUUGGCUCUAUUGCCAGAAGCUUUUGAAGGUGCAUAUUAUGGACACAAACCACAUCCUCAACAACAUCAACCCUUACCACAGAUGCCUCACAUGGGCAUGGGAAAGGAUAUUUCACACAUGCUAUAUCCACACUACAGAAAAGACCUACCAAUGCACCUAAACAAAGGCAAAGAUAUCAAAGGUGAGACCAUUCCCAGAGGUGAGCAGGGUGUUCAAGGAGAGACUGGACCGCAAGGGCCCCCUGGUCCACCUGGGCCCCAAGGACCUCCUGGGCCUCAAGGUAUUGGUAUAAAAGGCCCUCCUGGAAAGCCAGGAUCUCCUGGUCCUCCAGGAUUUCCGGGAGUUGGUAAGCCAGGAAUGCCAGGUAUGCCCGGGAAGCCAGGAGGUAUUGGGCAACCUGGACAGCAAGGUGAACAGGGACCCAGAGGUGAAGAAGGACAACCAGGCAUGACUGGGCCCCCCGGCCAUCCUGGACCCCCCGGUCUGCCAGGAAUAGGAAAGUCUGGUGGACAAGGACUACCAGGACAGCCAGGGGCUAAGGGAGAGCCAGGACAUAAAGGUUUCCCUGGUCUCCCAGGGUUACCUGGGCCUAAAGGAGAUAGAGGAAUUGGACAACCAGGCCCACUAGGGCUAAAAGGGCCAGUUGGGCCACCUGGCCCACCAGGGCAGGCAGGAUUACCAGGGAUAGGUAAACCUGGUCUUCCUGGUGUAGCAGGUCCAACUGGUAUGCCAGGGAAACCUGGACAGCCUGGGGAGCCAGGUCCAGAGGGUCCACUUGGUGGACAGGGCCUACAAGGACCACAAGGGGCUCCUGGAAUUGGAAUUCCAGGAGAAAAAGGAUUACCUGGACAGCCAGGUGCACCUGGCCACAAAGGAUUACAAGGGCCACCAGGGUUUCCUGGGAAACCUGGAUUACCUGGAUUUGGCAAACCUGGAUACCCUGGCCCAAAGGGUGACAAAGGGAUGGGAGGUCUUCCUGGUGCUCAAGGACCAAAAGGAGACAAAGGUUAUGCUGGUCAACCAGGCAUGACAGGUCCCCCUGGUCAAACUGGUCCUCCAGGCCCUCCAGGACCAAUGGGGGUACCAGGUGGAAUUGGUUCCCCAGGACUAAAAGGAGAAGGAGGGGCACAAGGUUCCAAGGGAGAUCCCGGACCUAUGGGGCAGCCAGGUCCUCCAGGAUUUUCUGGCAAACCAGGCCUCCAAGGUGAAGAUGGAGAACCUGGGCCAAGAGGACCACCAGGACCCAUAGGUCCCAAAGGAGAAGGAGGAAGCAGAGGUCUACCUGGUCCCCCAGGUCCAUCUGGCCUGCCUGGUCUUAAAGGAGAACUUGGUCAGCCUGGCCCCGGAGGACCACAGGGUCCUAAAGGCAUUCCAGGAUUUGCAGGACCAGGAGGACCAAGUGGGCCUCCUGGACCUCCUGGGCCAAAGGGAGAAGUUGGUCUACCAGGUCAAGCUGGUCCACCUGGUGAAGGCACUACUGGAACCCCUGGUCCUAUUGGUCCAGCAGGUCCACCUGGCCAGAAUGGAUCCCCAGGUCAGCCAGGACUCCAAGGUCCACCAGGGCCUCCUGGACCCCCAGGCCCCCCUCCUUCACCCGACCUGAUGAGUGUUCUUCCUGAGAUGGGACCUGCCCUGGAUGGUAUGAAAACUGGUGUGUACAAGAAAGGGAAAUAUGCAGGUGGGAGUGAUAUGUUGGGUGCCAACAGUCUGGAGAUGCCUGCUUUCACUGCCCAGCUGACCACACCAUUCCCUCCAGUUGGCACGCCAAUAGUACUUGACAAACUACUGUAUAAUGGGCGUCAGAAUUACAACCCUCAGACUGGUGUAUUCACCUGUGACCUCCCAGGCAUCUACUAUUUUGCCUAUCAUGUGCACUGCAAGGGUGCCAAUUUAUGGGUUGGGCUCUACAGGAAUGGGGAGCCACUUAUGUAUACAUAUGAUGAGUACAAAAAGGGAUUCCUGGAUCAAGCAUCUGGGAGUGCUGUUAUUCCAUUACAAACAGGAGACACAGUUUAUUUACAGUUACCAUCUGACCAGGCAGCUGGAUUUUAUGCAGGACAGUAUGUCCACUCCUCCUUCUCUGGCUUUUUACUGUACCCAAUGUAAACCACAAGAAUAAGUGAAAGAAUUUUAAGGAGAAAAAGGAAAAAAAAGAACUGACAUUAAAAUGUUUGACUUUUUAAAAAUGUCAGUAUUUUUAAGUACAUUUUCACAGGGAAGAAAAAAGACUCAGAAACAGCUCCUUUAAUCUCAACCCAACAAUAUCAGUCUACAGAUGAGUAUAUGCAAUGCUAAAUUACAGAGUACUGUGUCUGUAAAGAUACAACCUGCACAACGACUCCGACAGAUCAACACCAUAUUUAAACAGUUUUUUGAGAAGAUUGUGUUUGUAAUGUAUUUAUGUAUUUGUUUUAUUGAUGAUAUCAAACAUGAGUAUACAUACUUUAAAUGUUAAGAAAACUGUUUUUAAUUUCAUUGUGACAUUUGCAUGAUAAACAAUGUAUUUGCUUUGAAUGAGAUGAGAAAAGACAUUCAGUUUUUAAAAAAUAUCACAUAUCAUGUUUGUCUUUAUCAAUAAUUAAAAAAAAGGGUAAAGGAUUUGCACACUUGUAAUAUUAUAACACAAGUACUGUGUGAACUGCAACCAAAAUAUGAAUUUGUUUGUAUGACUGUCUGUGUAUGUAUGUGUGUGUGUGUGCGUGUGUGUGUGUGUGUGCACUAGAGAGAGCAUGUGUGUACAUGUGCUAGAUUUUAUUUUAGCCAAACUCCCCGCCCCCCAAACUUUAAAUAAUAAUUUAUCUGAAAACCACUUCUGUUUCUAUUAUAAACUCAUCAAAAUGAAAGUUUUACUCACAAUACUUCAUCAAUACCUCUCACUAUCAUCAAUCAUAUCAUAUUACUUCACUCGUUUCCAACCCUUUUUUAAAUUACUGAUUGUGUAAUAACCUUUGUCUUUAUAUGUGGGUCACUUACAAUAACGGUGCUAAAAUUGUCUUAUCCAGUGAAAACCUGUCUGAGUACCUUCCACCCCCUUUUAUUUAAAGUUUGUGACUUUUUCUUAGAUUUUUUUUUAAUAAAGAUGACUUGCUUCCAUAACUGUAUGUCCAUCAAAUUCUUGUACCCGAAUUUUGUAACAAUGACAUGGAAUAAAAACACACUUCUUC